UUGAGAUGUUUCAAACUCUCCUCUCCAACUCCUUUUACUGUAAUCAUCGCACACUCAUAGGUUGCACUUCAGAUGUUCGAUAAAAUGCUCAUCAGACGUACUUAAACGUUGAUUCUUUUACAUAUUUUACCAAACCUCUGUGUCAUAUUUGUAGUCAUUCAGGUAACAAUAGGGGUACCUUGUCUUUUAUUCGAUGUCUCACGGGCGAUGCCGUGGGCAGAGCUUGAAUGGUAGCCUGUUGGAAAGGGACGUUUGGUAGACGGGUGGAAACACUCGAAAAGAUUUGUUAGCCUUUUGUUUUUACUGUUAUGGAGGGGCAAUCUUGUACUGGUUAAGGCAUUUAAUGUGUACACUACCUGUUUGGGCCUGCUUUGCUGAGAAUAUUAAGCUGCAGUCUGCUUGGAUUUGAAUCUGAGGGACAAUACUGGAACACCUCUUCAAGGCUUCUACAACUAUGUUCAUCAGGAGUUUACUUUCAGUUAAUGUCCUCCCUUUGAGAAGCUUUUCAUCGUCAGCACUUAACAUUCUAAAAACUGGAGAUAUCUUGAGGGAAAGAAGAGUUUUUACAAAUGAAGAUGUCCUUGAAUAUUCUAAGGUGACUCACGACUCAAAUCCUUUACAUUUUGAUUCUGAGCUUGCUCGAAAUGCUGGAUUCGAAGGUAGACUUGUUCACGGGAUGCUUGUUGCUGCCCUAUUUCCGCGGAUCAUUUCUUCCCAUUUUCCUGGAGCUGUAUAUGUUUACCAAAACUUGAAUUUCAAGUUGCCAGUCUAUAUUGGUGACAAGGUCACUGGUGAGGUUCAAGCCAUGUGCAUAAAAGAAAACAAGAAACGAUACAUAGUAAAAUUGAAGACAAAGUGCUUCAGGAAUGAUGAGAUUCUUGUUCUUGACGGAGAGGCGAUGGCUAUCUUACCUUCUCUAGCUGUGGAGCAAGUGUCUUAUCUGGACUAAGAAGCUGAUUGAAAGGUGUUGAUUCUUUCUGCGGUAUACUUAGCACCAUAGCAUCUUAAGCUUCCAUGUAUUUAUCAAUUUUCUACUUGUGAGGGUUCCAAAGAAAUUGAACAGAGGUUUUUGGAUGGAAGUAGUACUUCCAAAGAGCCUUGUUGAAAUCUGAACCUGAGCAUGAUUUUGACCCCUUGGCCUAUUGGUUUCAUGCAAAUUAGAAUCAAGUCAAAUCGGUUUGAGAUUUUA